AAGUUAUGAUGUAGGGAUUAACAUUUUGGUUUUUUACAUCGCAUGGGACAGUUCAUUUUAUCUAGCAUAGAUUUUAUUAAAAAUGAUCUUAGUUGUCAAUGGCACAAUGAGCUUUUACGAAUUUUUAUUGCGGGAAUUAACACAAUGAUAGACUAGUUUAAUGUUAGCAGUCUAUUAAAAUGUUAAAAACAGCUAUAAAGAUUUUGUUUCGUGAUCCGAGCACAACAUAUAACGGUACAUUUGUUGAAAAAAUAUCAAAGUCUUAUAAUGUUCCUAAAACUAUUGUCACGCUCGGUAGCUAACAGUAUUUUAUAAAGUCAUGUUCAAAAACAAUAAAAAAAUGAAUUAAGUUUAGAAAAAAAAAAAAGUACAAUAAUUUAAUUAAAAUUCUCAAAUGUAAAUUAGAGCGAUUUUUUUCUAUUCAAAUAUUGCUCGAUUAAAACAAAAAUGAAUACCAUUUGUCAUAUUUCUCAUAUGUUAUCUAUAGUAUAAUCAUGUAACAGAUGUUAUUUUUGUUUUCUGUAUACAUACCUUCUUACAAUAAUCUUAAUAUAUAAAAUCGUUUAGUUUUCAGUUCAGAUAAAAAUAUCCCUUUUUUUGAGUAUAAAAUUAUUAAUUAUUAUCAUGUUUCGUGUUUUGAUCAUUGCUACCAUUAUUAUCAGUAUAGGUUAGUUUUACUUUAAAAUUAAUAGAAAAGUAUACAUGAAUAUGAUCUCGAUCAUAUAUAUUUAGUAUGUGGUCAAGAACAUUUUCCACCUGUUCCAUAUAGUGAAGCAUGUGUAACACAAGGAUAUCAUGCAGGUCAUGAAGGAGUUGAUAUUGGAUCUUAUGGUGCUAAACGUAUUAAUUUAUAUACUAUUUGGGAUGGAACAGUCAUUGGUGUUUGUAAUGGUGCUGGUGAUUUUGAUCAAAGUAAAUGUGGAAAAUGUGGUAAUUAUGUUGAAAUUCAACAUAAUACUGUUAAAGUUCUUUAUUGUCAUAUGACAUCGGGUUCAAUUGCUGUAUCUGUUGGACAACGUGUUGCACGUGCACAAAAAAUUGGUUUAAUGGGUACAUCAGGUUAUUCAACUGGUGUUCAUUUACAUGUACAAGUUAGAGAAAUAAGUAAUGGUCAAUUACGAGAUAUUCGUACUCGUCUUGGACUCAAUGGAUGGGGAAAUUGUUAA